AUGGAAAAAAUUAAAAAACGUUUCAAAGGUGGUGGUAUGAAAAUUCAUUAUGAAGAAUUUGACCGCCAAUUGAUACAAUGGUUCAAAUCACAACGAACAGAUAUAGACGAUGAACAAUCGAAAGGACCGGGCGAAAUAAAAAAAAAGAACGAAUUACUUUCGAAAAUUCAAACUUAUCCAUCAAGAAAAUGGUUUUAUCGUUUUCGGAAACGACAUAGUUUAUCAUUACAGAGACCGAAGAGGCAGCAAAAGAUUUCUUUAGUUGAAGCUCAUAUCAGAGUUACUGAGUUUUUAAUAUUCAUAAGAAAAAAUGCUUUUCGUGUUCUAAAUUUGGACGUGUUAGGAUCAUUUCCUGAUCGUGACAUUUGCAAAAUGGACGAAAAUCCACUUGCCUUGUUUGGCGACCAAAGUAAAACUAGCAUAAAUUAUAUAAACACGCCUAAUGAAGUUGAAGGUCACCAAAAUAAUAAAAGAUUCUGCACUUUAAUCGUAAAGGACGAGUAUUGGAAGAAGAAAGAAAAACACUAUGACGAAGAUACAAAAGUUUAUUUUAGUAAUACUGCUUUUAACAAUUCAUCUAAUAUGAAGAGCUAUGCUGAACAUUGGUUAAGUAAGACAAAAGAUGGUCGACCGAAGAUGUUUAUUACAGAUUCUUAUAGUUCUCAUUUGACUGAAGAAGUAAAAGCUUUAUCUAAACGAAAUGGUGUAAUUUUAAGAGUUAUACCAAGUGCGAUUACUCAGUAUGUUCAAGUCUUAGAUGUAUCAGUAUUUAGUGGUUUUAAGGCACAUUAUCUUGAUGUUGCUGAAGAAUAG